AGAGUCGGCCAGGAAAGAUGUAUUCUUGUUAAUUGAUUUGCAGUCAACGGAGGAAAAGUGGAGCACCAAUCAUCGUCUACUUAAAUAUAUAUAAGCAGAUACAGUACAGUAGAACACAUGAAUGUAUAGAUUUUUAUGUAAUAUAAAUAUAAAUAUAGAUGUAGAUGCACAUGUUCCAGCAAAAAUGUCAAAAUCCCCAACUGUACAGUCUACCUUCUCUCUUCCUUUCUCUUUCUCUCUCUUCGAACCGUGGAAUCGAUGCUUGGCAAAUAUGGGAUCCUGCCUUGAACGCGAGAUCAAUGCCUUCCUAUGGCUCUCUCUGAUUACUGUCACUGCCUUUUUGCUCGGGAAAUUAGCAAAGGUUUUCGAGUUUUGGGCCAAAGCCCGCGCCAUACCUGGGCCGCCUUCCCCUUCCGUUUACGGCCACUGCCAUCUCAUCUCGCGGUCCAAUCUAACUGAUAUCCUGUACAAGUGUCACGAGAAAUAUGGAGGGGCUGUGAGACUCUGGCUAGGUCCUAAUCGGCUUCUGGUCUCAAUAAAGGAUACUGAACUUAUCAACGAGGUACUUACAAAGGCUGAGGAUAAGUCGCCUUUGACAGGGAGGGCUUUUCAUCUAGCUUUUGGAAAAUCAAGCUUUUUUGUCUCGUCUUUUGACAAGGUAGAACAUCAACGGAAGUCAUUGGAACUGAAACUCGGGGGUAAAUUGCUUGAGAGAGCAAGAUUGAUUCCUGGGAAAGUAUUGGAUUGCGUCAUAGAGAGAGCUCAGAUUACAAUGCGCGAAGGAGGUAUGGACUGUGAAAUGCUUUCUCAGCAUCUAGCUUUUACCAUCCUGGGAGCCACAAUAUUUGGAGAUGUAUUUUUGACUUGGCCUAAGGCAACUCUCUAUGAGGAGCUGCUAAUGAAGAGUGCUAAGGAUGCGUGUUUUUGGGCAUCCUAUGGUGUUGCUCCUUUCUGGAAACAGGAGUUUUGGAAGUAUCAGGAUUCAUGUACUAAGGUGAAAUCCUUAACCCGGGAGCUUAUCCAAGAAUGCAGACAAGACAGCAAGUCGGAGUUUUUAUUGGAUUUCGAUGGCCAUGGUGACGUGCGAUGUGAACCAUGUGGAGAAAUAAUAAGUUUGAUGUUUCAUGGGUCUCUGACUAUGGGUUCACUUAUUGCUAAUAUCUUGACAAGGCUUGUGUCACAUUUGGACAUACAGGAUAAGAUUCACUCAGAAAUAGUUAUGGCCCAAAAAACUGGGAGAAGGCCAGAUCAACAGAAUGUAGAUAUAAUGCCCAAUCUCAUGGCAACUGUAUAUGAAUCAGUUCGUCUUCUUCCAGCUGGACCUCUACUGCAAAGAUGCUCUCUCCGGCAUGAUUUGAAACUCAAAAAUGGUAUGGUGAUACCUGCUGCUGCGAUUAUCGUUGUGCCUGUUCAGUUGGUUCAGACGGACUGUUCAAAUUGGGGGAACGAUGCUGGCAAGUUCAAUCCAUUUCGUUUUCUUUCAAGGACUGAUGGCAGUGGCAGAUUUAUUUCCAACCAAAAGGAGUUGUUGACAGGAUGCAAUUCCUGUAUUAUAAAAGAGCCAAAUGAAUGUGGAGCAUUUCUUCCUUUUGGAUCUGGUGCACGCGCCUGUAUUGGACAAAAGUUAACUGUCCUUGGAAUUUCAUCAUUGUUUGCUGCUCUCAUUGGACACUAUGAGGUAAGGCUCCUGCCAGGAUCUGAAAGCAACCCAAAACAUAUGAUGAAUAACUGUGUUCUUAAGCUUCUUCCAAGUCCCCAGAUAGUUUUUGCAAAAAGGAACAAUGGAAUAAAUGAAGAAGCCGUGUCUAUUUAAUUUCGAAUGACAAAUAAAUGAAGGAGCCACGACUCUUGAAUCUCAAACAACAACAGAUUUCAAUUUUUGGGGCUCUCGUUGUGCUCAAUGUGGAGGAUAGUACGUGGGUAUAUUUCCGCUCCCCAUGUUUUUUCCUUCAAUGUUUUUUAUGUGGCACUGGCGCCGUCUUCAUGCUAUUAUAAUAUUGUAGAGUAGUUUUUGAAGCGCUAGACCACUCUCUUGGAGCCUCUUGUUUCAUCCCCGUUGUGACUGUUGUUAAUGACUCCCUUUUUUCUCUCUGGCGAGAGUUGUCAUAGCUUGUGAUUAAAAUCUACCUGUUCUGUUAAGGAAAUAAUUUGUCAAUGACCUGUUUAUCCCCAGUAAUGAACGGUCAAGUUGUUGUGCUACUCAAAACAUUUGCUUACUCUGGAGUUGUAUGAUAUGUAUAUAUGACGAUGAACUUAUCUGUUUGCUUUUGAUGCAU